CGGAGUCCUAGAUCACAUGAUCCAAUGUCACAGCAGGGUUUGAAAACAUGUCGCUGCACUUUACAGAUGAGGAAUUUCUGGAGGCAUGGAAGGAAUUAGAUAAACCUCAGUUGGAGGGAGGAUGGGAGUUUUUCACAGAGACAAUGGGUGUCAAAAUCUACCGGCUGUAUGACAAGGUACAUGAAACUGGACUUUAUGAGUACAAAGUUGUUGGUGUGCUCGCCACCUGCACUCCAGAACUGUGUGCUGAUGUCUACAUGGACUUGCCCUAUCGGAAACAUUGGGAUGGAUAUGUCAAAGAGCUGCAUGAGAAGGACUAUGACGGUCGUUCAGCAAUCUACUGGGAGGUGAAAUACCCGUUUCCUCUCUCAAACAGAGACUACGUGUACGUCAGGGAGCGGAGGGACAUUGACGUGGAUGGCAGGAAGAUCUGGGUGGUCCUGGCUAAGAGCUCCCCACAGUCCCCGUUACCAGAGAAGAGUGGGGUACAGCGAGUGAAUGACUACAAGCAGACUGUGGCCAUGGAGAGUGAUGGUGCCAGUGGCACUAAAGUCUUCAUGAAUUACUUUGAUAACCCUGGUGGUAAUAUUCCAACCUGGCUUGUGAACUGGGCAGCUAAGAGCGGAGUGCCUGCCUUCCUCACAGACAUGCAGAAGGCCUGUGGCAAUUACUCAAACUACUGCCAGAAGAACAAGAAAUGAAUGCCCUUGGUGGGAAGUCGCCUCAACGCCACAAGGAUUGUGCAUUUUUCAGCCCAUCGUUCAAUAAAGUUUACACUUACGGUGUCAUCAUUUUUUUAUGAUACUUUGAGGGGCAUUUUGGAUGUUUUGGAUAUGGUUGGGGACUUAUUACGAAGUCAAUAGGUGAAAGUGGUGUUGGGGGAAAUCUGCAGCUGCAUGUGUUACUGACUGGGGCAUGUACUGUAUUUUAAAGUUGUCUAUUAGUUGUUUAAAAAAUAUAUAUUUAAUUAAAGUUAUCUGGUACUGAAUUCCUACUCCAAUGUAAAUGUUGCAUUUUGGGCUUGCCCACAGUAAGGGCUUGGAUGAGAUCUGUAUUGAUCUACCCUCUGUUUUAACGAGUGCUGUGUUUCUGUUUGACGACAAUGGCUUUUCCUUUUACUUUGCUGUUGUUUCUUAUGGUCUAAUGUACGUUCUUGUUUUUUAAAAUCCUACAUUUUUUUAAUGUAUGAUCAGUCAAUUAAUUAUAUGUAUUUUUGCACUUGUGAUUAAGCACUGAAAUCAAAUCAACUUCCAAACCUUAAUGUCUAAAGGAAAACAUACAUUGCUGUAAUUAUACUGUUCAUCAGCCUAUUAAUUAGUGAAUUUAAUUAGUGAAUUAUUAGUUUCUCAGCAGCUCUAUUGAGGAAUGAUUUCUGUACUCUACAAUGCAACAUUGUUUCUUAGGCAGGCAAGGCAGCUAUGGGAGCUGGCUGAAUCAGAAAGACUAUAUAUUUAUUUAUGUUUUGUAUUUCCCUAAUGGACAUUCUGAAUGUACAAAAUCAAAUAAAAUGUUUAUUUUUAUCAUUAAAAGUUGCCAGCACUGAUUUGUUGUGAUACUUGAAAUGUACAAGUGAAAUACUUUAAGUUAAUUAUUCAUAUUUUGAUAUUUUCUUUCAGGAUAUGAUCAUGGCAGCCUAGCUGAAAACAACAACCCAUAUCCCAUAUUGUUAUCAAGUAGCAAUCUUGGGGAACUAGGCCUAUUCCUCUUUACCAUUGUGUGGUUACAAUUAGGCCUAUAGUUCUAUGGAGGUGAUACAGUAUGUAUUACUAUCUAAUAAAUACAUGUCAAUAAAAUGACGGCUGAGAUGGA